AUGAGCGAAAAGUCAGAAAAGGUACGCAUUCUGGAAGACCGAAGAGAGCGCCUAUUGGCCAAAUUGGAGCAGCGGAACGUAGAGAGGAAGGUCGGCGCGGAAGGAGCGAAUUCGAAGGUGGAAAACGAAAAACUGGACAUUUUGAUGAGUGAAAUCAGAAAAGAAUUGGACGAGAAACACGUGGAUCCGCAGAAAAUCGACCAUUUACGUAAGGCAAAAUCGAAAUCAUUUUUUGUAAUUUAUCUAGAAAAAAUUGCACAUCUUCCCAUGUUUCAGAGGAAUUUCUGGCGUUCUCCUCGAGUAAUCGUCAAACGAAAGCGAUUCAGAAUGUACUGGAAGACGUGCGCAAAUUCAAAUUGACACUGAAACCUGCGUCCAAAUUUACAGGAUUUGCGUUUGCGGUAAUCAUUGAUUUUCUCCGAAUUUGUGCGGAUUUUUCAAACGAAUAAUACAUUUUAGAAGCCAAAAUCGACUCAAAUUGCCCAACAACCAGCAGAAAAUGCGGCGGAAGCCUCAAGUUCGGCGGGACUCUCAAUUUCGGCGGAAAUUCCAUCUUCGUCUGAAAAUGUCAUUGAAGAGCUGAAAAACGCGAAAAAAUGUGUGAAAGGACGAAACGGAGAGGAUAUCAGCCUUAAAAAUGUCGAAAAUUGCCGUCUUCAGUUCGAUUUCGAGCCGUCAGUCGUUUAUUUGAGGGUAAGGAAUCUUUUUAAAGGUAUUUUUAGGCCAAUUUGCAUUUCAGAACAUCAAAAACAGCACUCUCAUCUUUCUGCGCUGCGAUCGAUCGGUACUGAUGUACGAUUGUGAAAAGUGAGGCUCCGCCCCCUUUCUUUAAAUAAAAUGUAUAUUGUAGUGUUCACAUUUUUGUGGCCGCCCAACAAGUACGCAUUCACACCUCGCAAAGCGUGCAUUUACACGUGGCAACUCGCGGAGCCGUCAUUUUGGAGGACUCGAACGCCAUUUUCAUGUAUCCGUACAGGUACGAAUUUUUUGAAACGUUUUUUGUCCACUUCAAAUCAUCAUUUUGCAGAUUGAAAAGCGCAAAAUCGGGCGUGUAUUUCGAGGCGGAGGAUAAUGGCGAGUGGAAAUCUCCGCGAGAUUUCAACUGGCUCGCCAAAACGCCCAGUCCGAAUUGGCAUUUGGUCCCGGAAGAUCAGUGGACUGAAGAGAUUUUUGAAUGA